AUGGGGCGCGAUAGGAUCAGCGAAUUACCAGAUGGUUUGCUAAAUCAUAUACUCAUGUACCUUCACAUCGAAGAAUCUAUUAGGACAAGUGUUUUAUCUAGCAGAUGGAGAAAACUCUGGCUUAAGGUACCUGGUCUUGACGUGAACGUACAUGACUUCCCUGCUGAUGGAAACUUAUUUGAGAGCUUGAUGGACAAGUUUCUUGAGGUUAACCGCGGACGCCUACAAAAUUUCAAGUUAAACUAUGAAAGUAAUUUGUAUUAUCUAAUGGACAGAUUUGUGCCGUGGAUCGCUACAGUCGUUGAUCGCGGUAUUCAGCAUCUAGAUGUUACGGCCACUGAUUGUCCUCCAUGGACCAUUGAUUUUAUGCCUGCCAACAUUUGCAAGAGCAAGACGUUGGUGUCUUUAAAGCUCGUAAAUGUAGGGCUUGACACUCCAAAGUUUGUUGUUUCUCUACCUUGUCUUAAGAUCAUGCAUCUUGAAGACAUUUUUUAUAGUCCUUUGAUUGCGGAGAACCUCAUCUCAGGCUGUCCUGUUCUUGAAGAUCUUACCAUUGUAAGGAAUCAUGAGGAUUUUCUUAACUUUCUGCGUGUGAUGUCUCAAACUUUGAAGAACUUCCGUUUAACAUUUGAUUGGGGAAUGGGUAGUAACGAUUUUUCGGUCGAGAUUGAUGCACCAGGACUUAAGUACAUGAGUUUUAGAGAUAGUCAAUCUGAUAGAAUAGUUGUAAAAAAUUUGAGUUCCUUGGUCAAGAUAGACCUUGAUACUGAAUUUAAUCUCAAGUUUGGCCUCGGCAGUCCUUUGGAACCGGAGGACUUGACUAAGAGAGAUAUUAUCCGAGAUUUUCUUACCGGUAUUUCGAGUGUCAAACAUAUGAUCAUCUCUCAUCCUACUCUGGAGGUGCUUUAUCGUUAUUCCAAAAUCGGACAGCUUCCAAAAUUCCAUAACUUAUAUCAUUUGCAAGCUGUGUUCUCCAGCUCAUUGUUACAACUAUUGCCCGCCUUCCUAGAAAUCUGCCCAAAUCUAAAAAACCUCAUCUUGGACUAUUCUAUUUCAGCAGAGCCAGAGCAAAUCGACUUUACCAAUCUGCCUCGGUGUUUAAUUUCGACGCUGGAGUACGUUGAGAUUAAACAACUUACUAUGAGGGAGGAAAGUGGGAUUAAAUUGGUGAAAUACUUUCUUGAGAAUUCAGCAGUCCUCAAGAAACUGACUCUGAGUUUCAUAGAUUCUCCCAUGACCAACCAAGAGUCAGAGAUCUACAUGCAGCUUCUUACAUCAACAAAACGAUCUCGUGGGUGUCAUGUUUUGAUCUUAUAA